UUGAUUGUCUCAUUUCAGAGCGGACGUGCGCAAGGAUCUGCUGUUGAUCAUCGCGAACUAGGUGAAAAACUGAAUCGACUAGUAAGUAGAAGCUCAAUUGGAUCAAGUUUGCCGUCUCUUAGUUCGUUGCACUCGUCAUCGUCGUUGAAUACGAUGCCGUCGGCAAAAGUCGCUGAUGGUUCGUACUCGCAUCGUCCAGCGUUAAAAAAUGGAUUGAAGCAAAAAAGUGGCGAAGAUCGUCAACGGGAUAUCGAGUUGUAUAAAAUUCUUCGCGGCAAGAAAGCAGAACUCGAAGAGCUAUUGAAAGCCCGGAUCAAUGAGUUACGAUCGGUCUGUCUGAAAGAAGGGGAAUUGACGGGAGAAAUGCCUCAAGAAAUCAGCGCCACCCUGAGGCCCGGCGAGGAGAUGCCGAAGCUGAAGAAGCGUGUUGGCACGUCGUUCUCGAUUCCGGAGGAAAUGCUGAAGAGCGAUAAAGUGAGUGUUCAUCUUCACGAAUACAAGUACUACAAUUGUUCGACUGAAUACCAAAUGCUGAUAGAGAGCCAUAAGAACGGCAGUCACAUGUCCUGCCAUUAUGUUAGCUUUGUCUGA